CCCUAUAUUUGGGAGGACAUGGGGAAUAUAGGGGAUGGCAUCGGAGAAGGAAACAGAGAGGGAGAACUAACUAGAGCCAAAUGGCAGCCUCUGUCAUGUCUUCAUUGGCUUUGAAACCAGCUCCAGUUUUGGAGAUCAGGCCACAGGUCAAGGGCCUCCCAUCCUUGGCAAGGUCCUCUUCUUCGCUCAGAGUCCAGGCCGGCGCUGGCAAGAAGAUCAAGACAGCAACACCCUAUGGUCCGGGAGGAGGGAUGAACUUGCCAGAUGGUUUAGAUGCAUCCGGGAGAAAGGGCAAGGGGAAGGGUGUCUAUCAGUUUGCAGACAAGUAUGGUGCAAAUGUUGAUGGUUACAGCCCAAUUUAUACGCCAGACGAAUGGUCUCCAAGUGGCGACGUCUAUGUUGGAGGAACCACAGGACUAUUGAUAUGGGCUGUUACUCUUGGUGGACUAUUAUUAGGAGGUGCUCUUCUUGUGUACAACACCAGUGCCUUAGCUCAGUAGAGCUCCAGCAGAGUUAUCCUCCUGUGUCACCAUUAAGUUUCUCCAAAAUGUCUCAUAAAUACAAUCCCCGUAUAAAUAUUUAUGGACAUUAACAUGGUUGUAACAAUGUAAUAUGUAUGAAUUUCAUCUGAUAACCAAAUAGAUAUAAAUAAUGUAUCAAUAUUGCACAAAUGCUUGUGCUCAUCAAUUUGACGCCAUCAAUGACAUUCUUGCGGUUGGGUUGU